GAGAGGUAUUGAUAUUGCUAUGAGAGAAGACAGAGGGAGAGAGACCAUAUAUGUAAAGAAUAUAGUAUAUGAGUAUUUGAGAGACGGGGGAUGCAUGUGUCUGUGUGAGACAGAGAGAGGAGUGAGAGAAGGUAUAUCCUCUGGCCCUUGGAGAGUGAGCGUGAGGCUGAAUGGGAGCCAGAAAAAGGGGAAGGGCCUCGCGUCAGCCAACAAAAACAGCUGCCUGAGACUACGCAGGAAAACAGUGUCUGGUAGAGUAUAGGGAGAGGUGGACAGGGAGAGAGAGGACAGGAGAGAGAGAGAGAGCGCCAGGGCUCACAUCUCUAUAUGGGUUGCGUCCUGACUGCGGAGCCUUGCUGUGGGGAGGAAGCAGAGCCUGUGCCCGUGGUGAGAGGGUCACCGACGCGCCGAGGUCCAGAGAGGUCCAACAGCGGCAGGAUGAGGCUGACUAAGACAGGGAAGGGGGAGCCCCAUGUCUUCAAGGAGAAAACCUUUAAGAAGAACCGUCAGUGUGGGGUGUGUCGUCAGAGUGUGGACAACACGGGGUCCUUUUGCCAAGUGUGUAAAACAGCCACUCACAAGAAAUGCGAGGCAAAGGUGACCACAGCUUGCAUCCCAGCUCUCCCGUCUGAUCUGCAGGGCAAAGGAACUGCUCCAUCCCGACAUAUCCAACACCUGGGCUCCACAAGGUCUUUGACUUACAACAAACAGAGGAACACCCUCUCCAGGAGUAUCAGUGUGGACCGUGUGAUGGAGAGAGUCAUGGAGCGUCAUUAUGACUUUGACCUGACCUACAUCACUGAGAGGAUCAUCUCCGUGUUCUUCCCCCCUCUGCUGGACGAGCAGCGCUACCGUCUCAACCUCAAGGAGGUGACCGCCAUGCUCAGGUCCAAGCACCAGGACAAGUUCCUGCUCUUCAAUCUCUCUGAACGACACCAUGACAUCACCCGCAUGAAUCCAAAGGUCCUUGACUUCGGCUGGCCUGACUUCCAUGCCCCUCCCCUGGACAAGAUCUGUGCCAUGUGUAAGGCCAUGGAGACGUGGCUGACCUCCGACCCCCAGCAUGUGGUGGUCCUGCACUGCAAGGGCAACAAGGGCAAAACAGGAGUGCUUAUUGCAGCCUACAUGCACUACAGCAAGAUCUCUGCAGGGGCAGACCAGGCCCUCAGCACCCUGGCCAUGAGGAAGUUCUGCGAGGAUAAGGUAUCUUCCUCCCUCCAACCGUCCCAAAACAGGUAUAUCUACUACUUUGGGGGGCUCCUCUCUGGGGCGAUCAAGAUUAACAGCAGUCUGCUACUCCUCCACCAGGUCCUCAUCCCCACGCUUCCUAAAUUCCAGGGCAAAGGAGGUUACUUCCCCUUCCUGAAGAUCUACCAGUCCAUGCAGCUGGUCUAUACAUCAGGGAUAUAUGACUUGAAGGGUUCUGUGGGCAGAAGACUGUGUGUGACCAUUGAGCCUGCACUGCUGCUGAAGGGAGACAUCAUGGUGAAGUGUUACCACAGACGGGCACAGGGUGCAGAGAGGGACACAGUGUUCAGACUGCAGUUCCACACCUGCACCAUCCACGGGGCCCAGCUAUGGUUCGGCAAGGGGGAGUUGGAUGAGGCCUGUACUGAUGAACGAUUUCCCUCGGAUGCCACUGUGGAGUUUGUCUUCUCCUCGGGACCAGAGAAAAUGAAAGGGCGUGAGUACCAGAGAAAUGACCCUGCUGUCACAGUGGACUACAACACAGCUGAUCCAGUGGUGCGCUGGGACUCCUAUGAGAACUUCAACCAGCGCUAUCAAGACAGCCUCGAUGACAUAGCCCACACCAGGGGUCCAGUGGACGGAAGUCUGUACGCCCAGAUAAAGAAGCGUCUCUCAGCCUCAGGCUCUGGCUCCCUGACCUCCACCAAUGGCAGUCCAGCAGGCACCAGCGAGGAGAGGCCCAGUCAGAGCCAGCUGCUCUCUCCCAGCUCUGACUCUCUCACUCACUCCGGCCACUCGUCUGCCCUCCCAGAGCAUCCAGAGGAGUCCAGAGGGCUCCCGCCACCCACCCGGCAGGAGAGAGAGGACCUGGACCGACUGCUGGGGGGCAUCGAGGGGGAGAGGGACGGCCUGGACAGAGAGAGGGAGACUGCCAUCCUGGACGAUGGGGACUUGUCGUCUGAGCAUACAGGCACCCUGAGGCUCGACCGCUCCUGUUCUUGCCGGGUGGGCUACCACUCCCAGAGCUGUGCCGAGCCCGGCUGUGACCGACUCCACCUCAUGUCCAAUGGCUACUGCCGGGACAGAGCUCCGGGCACCAACGGCCACCCUGGGUCACCACCCUUGACUAACCCUGCCACCGUCCCCUCACACAUGGACCUGUGUCAGCACUACAGCCCACACCCUCAACCCCAUCAGGCCCUGCCUCCCCCUGACCUGGUAUGGAACCGCCAACAGGGCCCUCCACACUACCUGCACCGUGAGGGACCCUCUCGUCACCCCUCUCUGUGCCCCUAUCCAUCCCAGGACCUGACCUCUCACCCCCACAUCCUUCAUCCCGGGCGCCUGCUCUGUAGAAGUGAUGACUAUGGUCCGUACCACCACCCUCCCUCACACACACACCAUCACCCUCACCACCCCAAGUCCUCCGGGUCCUACCAAGAUAUGCUGCUGCUGGAUGGCAUGCCGCCCCCUGGCUGCCCCUGCCGGGACUGCCUCAUCAGGAGGGAGGAUUCAGCCUUCCACGGUCUGCGGCUGGAGCGAGGAGAGAGCUUCCACUGGGACAGAGAGGCAGAACUGCAGCAUCGGGAAGCAGGGCUAAGGAGAGUAAGGGAGUCUGAGCUGCCUAGAGGGGCAGAGAUGCACUGGGAGAGGGAGGCAGGGGGACUGAGAAGAGGCAGGGAGAUGUCACUGCACUGGGAGAGAGACAGGGAGGCAGAGCUCCAAUGGGAGAGGGAGAGAAAGGCCGACUAUUGGCACCGGAGGGCCUACAGGCUUCAGGACCACGAGCUACCUGCCUUCUCCUUUGACCCUCUGCCGUCCGGCCACCCUGCGUACCCAGAGGCAUCUCGCUCCCACGGCCACGCCCACCUGGACCUGAAGUACAGCAGCAGUAGCAGCAGUGGCUACCAGACCCCGCACCAGGUCUGCCUCUGCUCCCACUACCAGCCCUCCCCCUCUGAGAGCAGGGGUUAUGCCUCAGGUUACCAGUCUGAGUCCACCUCCCCUCUGCCCCCUCCCUCCACCCUGUCAGGCCCCUGCAGCCACACCAGAGGGCCAGCAGACCACCACCCCGAAGCCCACACUCAGAAGUACCCAUCUGAGAGCCAGACAGAUGGAAGGGGGAUGAGUGAGAACGUGAGUUGGCGGGACCACAUCUCCCAGGGUUCCUUCAAGAGGAUGCAUCCUUCAAGAGAUGUCCCGUGUUCCACGCCCUCUGACCUCUCUAGGCCGCCCACCCCUGUUCUCACCAGCAGCCCUCUGUGCACACAAGAAAGCCUCAGUCUAGGUGUGCACUCACUAGUUGGAUCGACUGACAUAGUCAACAGUGACUGUGAGUCUGUCCAGUCUCAGGAUAGGCCCGGCAGUGCUGCUGCUCAGGGGUCGCAGGUCAACCAGCAACACAUCCCUGACCCUUUACAGUCUACAUCCGUGACACCCACACCUUCCCCCACCCAACCCAACAGCCACUGGACCAGACUGACAGCAACACAACCACCCUCACCCUACCAGCCCCAGAACCACAGCGCUACAUCUUCUCCCCAACAGCCCCAGAACCACAGUGCUACACCUUCACCCCACCAGCCCCAGAACCACAGCGCUACAUAUUCACCCCACCAGCCCCAAAACCACAGUGCUACAUCUUCUCCCCAACAGCCCCAGAACCACAGUGCUACAUCUUCUCCCCAACAGCCCCAGAACCACAGUGCUACAUCUUCACCCCACCAGCCCCAGAACCACAGUGCUACAUCUUCACCCCACCAGCCCCAGAACCACAGUGCUACAUCUUCACCCCACCAGCCCCAGAACCACAGUACUACAUCUUCACCCCACCAGCCCCAGAACCACAGUGCUACAUUUUCGCCCCACCAGCCCCAGAACCACAGUACUACACCUUCACCCCACCAGCCCCAGAACCACAGUGCUACAUCUUCACCCCACCAGCCCCAGAACUACAGUGCUACAUCUUCACCCCACCAGCCCCAGAACCACAGUACUACACCUUCACCCCACCAGCCCCAGAACCACAGUACUACACCUUCACCCCACCAGCCCCAGAACCACAGUACUACACCUUCACCCCACCAGCCCCAGAACCACAGUGCUACAUCUUCACCCCACCAGCCCCAGAACUACAUUGCUACAUCUUCACCCUCAACUACAACCAGCCAGCCCAGCAACCACUGCCACCCUGCUACACCCACUCAGACACCCACUGAGAAAGCUAGCCUAACUGGUCCAAAGACCACCCAUCCUACAGAGACUGCUGUACUGCCUCCUGUUGCCCAGCCCCAGUUCCAGUCCCCCAACCCUGUACCUGGAGCAUGUCCACUCAGGAAACUGACCACAGAGGUCCCUAAAUCCAGUUCCACCCUCACCUCGGCCCCUUCCUCCCCCCAGCCUCCCAUCAGCAGUCUGGAGGGGUUCCCCUCCUCAGAGCCUCCUGUGCCCGGCUUCGCCACCCUGGGCCGGAAGUUGAUGCUGGUCACUGAGCCCCCAGGACCCCUGCAGCACUACCCUGGCAUGGAGGGCAGCACCAGCGGGCACUCUCCAGCCCCUGAGGUACACACCACCCCCACAUUCCCCAUCUCUGCCACCGGCUGCUAUCCCCCAUCAGUCCGACAUGUGCCAUACUUGAGCUACACUGCUGUCACCAUCCCCCAGUGCCCACUCCCAGAGAAACGGGGUCAGUCUGCCCAGCCAGGGUCGCCUAAUUGCGGGGUGAGGACCCUGAGGCCAACCACCUCACAGCACCAUGUCACCUUCUCUCCAACUGUGGGGGAGAUGGCGCCCCCUGCAGGCCAAGGAGAGGGAGUGCUAUCUCUGGAGAGUGAGAUGGCAGGCAGAGUCAGUGUUACGUUUGUCCAGGACAACUCACGCUUCUGGUACAAGCCUGGCAUCUCCAGGGACCAAGCCAUAGCUGCGCUGAAGGAGAGAGAACCAGGGGCCUUUCUUAUCCGGGACAGCAACUCCUUCCAGGGAGCCUAUGGCCUGGCACUGAAAGUGGCCACCCCGCCCGCUAACCUCAACAACCCCAGCAGCAGAGUGGUCGAUCCAUUAGAGCAGCUGGUGCGACACUUCCUGAUUGAGACGGGCCCCCGUGGAGUGAAGAUCAAAGGCUGUCAGAAUGAGCCCCACUUUGGGAGUUUGUCUGCGUUAGUAUACCAGCACUCCAUCACUCCCAUCUCUCUGCCCUGUUCCCUACGGAUCCCAGAGAAAGAUCCCAUUGGAGAAAUGCAGGAGCUGCAGUCGACUGCUAGUAACAUGAGCACAGCUUCAGACCUGCUCAAACAGGGUGCAGCCUGUAAUGUGCUUUACCUGAACUCUGUGGAGACUGAGUCACUGACCGGACCCCAGGCCAUCUCCAGAGCAACCGGAGCCACCCUGGCACAGAACCCCCGGCCAGCGGCCACAGUGGUCCACUUCAAAGUGUCCUCACAGGGCAUCACACUGACCGACAGCCAGCGCAGGGUGUUCUUCAGGAGACACUACCCAGUCAACAGUGUGACCUUCAGCAGCAUCGACCCCCAGGACAGGAGGUGGACUAACUCAGACAGCACAACUUCUAAGGUGUUUGGGUUUGUAGCCAAGAAGCCAGGCAGCAUGGCAGAGAACGUGUGUCAUCUGUUUGCCGAGCUCGACCCGGAGCAGCCUGCCUCAGCCAUCGUCAACUUCAUCAACAAGGUGAUGUUAGGGCCGCAGCGCAGGUAGAGAGACAGAAAAGGACCAAGCCAGGGACCUGUCACCGCAACAACACUGUCACAACUCCUAAAGAGAAUCAGGAGGCUACAGAAAUGCUUUACAGACCCAUAAAGGACCAGUGGUGGUGGCAUCUUUUCAAAGACUGAGUUUUGACCCCAAAGGCUCAACAUUUUGAAUUAUAAUCUAAAUGUAAUCGUUGUUAAUAUUCUAAUGUCUAUAAUGCCGCCAUUGAUAGUUGCCUUCGAGAUACCAAAGCUUUGUCACUUGUUAGUCAGUAAUCUAAGGUAUCAAUAAGUAGCCUAGUCUACCAAAGAUCUUGCCUCAACCCUGUCACUCUCCAUUUGACAACCAUAAGUGUAAGUCAAACACAAUGUAGAAGAUGAUAUAGUCCUACAGCAGGCUACAGUAGACUACAGUAGAUUACAGUAGGCUACAGUAGGCUACAUUAGGCUACAGUAGAUUACAGUAGGCUACAGUAGGCUACAGUAGACUGUAGACUGAUUAGGCUACAGUAGAUUACAGUAGGCUACAGUAGACUGACUACAUUAGGCUACAGUAGACUACAGUAGGCUACAGUAGACUGACUACAUUAGGCUACAGUAUAUUACAUUAGGCGACAGUAGACUGACUACAUUAGGCUACAGUAGACUGACUACAUUAGGCUACAGUAGAUUACAGUAGGCUACAGUAGAUUACAGUAGGCUACAGUAGACGACAGUAGGCUACAGUAGACGACAGUAGGCUACAGUACACUGACUACAUUAGGCUACAGUAGAUUACAAUAGGCUACAUGUAUAUUACAUUAGGCUACAGUAGACUACAUUAGGCUACAGUGGAUUACAGUAGACAACAGUAGACUGCAGUAGACUGACUACAUUAGGCUACAGUAGACUACAUUAGGCUACAGUAGAAUACAGUAGACAACAGUAUACUGCAGUAGACUGACUACAUUAGGGUACAGAAGGGUAUGUUAGGCUACAGUAGAUUACAGUAGGCUACAGUGGAUUACAGCAGACUACAGUAGGCUGCAUUAGACUACAUUAGGCUACAGUAGAAUACAGCAGACUACAGUAGGCUGCAUUAGACUGACUACAUUAGGCUACAGUAGACUACAUUAGGCUACAGUAGAAUACAGCAGACUACAGUAGGCUGCAUUAGACUGACUACAUUAGGCUACAGUAGACUACAUUAGGCUACAGUAGAAUACAGCAGACUACAGUAGGCUGCAUUAGACUGACUACAUUAGGCUACAGUAGACUACAUUAGGCUACAGUAGAUUACAGUAGGCUACAGUAGACUACAUUAGGCUACAGUAGACUACAGUAGACUACAGUAGGCUGCAUUAGACAGGCUACAGUAGACUACAUUAGAUUACAGUAGGCUACAGUAGACUACAUUAGAUUACAGUGGGCUACAGUAGAUUACAGUAGGCUACAGUAGACUACAGUAGACUGCAUUAGACUGACUACAUUAGGCUAUAGUAGACUACAGUAGGCUACAGUAGACUACAUUAGAUUACAGUAGGCUACAGUAGAUUACAGUAGGCUACAGUAGACUACAUUAGAUUACAGUAGGCUACAGUAGAUUACAGUAGGCUACAGUAGACUACAGUAGACUGCAUUAGACUGACUACAUUAGGCUAUAGUAGACUACAUUAGGCUACAGCAGGGUAUGUUAUGCUACAGUUGAAAGUAAAAGUGAGAAACGUCUAUUUGUAAUGUGCAAGCGACAAAGUGUAUGUGGUUAGGGUAUCGAUGUGUGUGGAGAAUAGGAGUUAGGGCACAGAUAUGGUCAUGUAUGGAGGCUAGGGGUUAGGGCACAGAUAUGGUAAUGUAUGGAGGCUAGGGGUUAGGGCACAGAUAUGGUAAUGUAUGGAGGCUAGGGGUUAGGGCACAGAUAUGGUAAUGUGGUGGAGGCUAGGGUACAGAUAUGGUAAUGUGGUGGAGGCUAAGGGCUAGGGCACAGAUAUGGUAAUGUGGUGGAGGCUAAGGGCUAGGGCACGGAUAUGGUAAUGUGAUGGAGGCUAAGGGCUAGGGCACAGAUAUGGUAAUGUAUGUAGGGGCUACGGUACAGAUAUGGUAAUGUGGUGGAGGCUAGGGGCUAGGGCACAGAUAUGGUAAUGUGGUGGGGCUAGGGCACAGAUAUGGUAAUGUAUGUAGGGGCUACGGUACAGAUAUGGUAAUGUGAUGAAGGCUAGGGGGUAGGGCACAGAUCUGGUAAUGUGGUGGAGGCUAAGGGCUAGGGCACAGAUAUGGUAAUGUGGUGGGGGCUAGGGAACAGAUAUGGUAAUGUGCUGGAGGCUAGGGCACAGAUAUGGUCAUGUAUGUAGGAUCUACGGUACAGAUAUGGUAAUGUGGUGGAGGCUAAGGGCUAGGGCACAGAUAUGGUAAUGUGAAGGGGGCUAGGGAACAGAUAUGGUAAUGUGGUGGAGGCUAGGGGCUAGGGCAAAGAUAUGGUAAUGUAUGUAGGGGCUACGGUACAGAAAUGGUAAUAUGGUGGAGGCUAAGGGCUAGGGCACAGAUAUGGUAAUGUGAUGGAGGCAAGGGGCUAGGGUACAGUUAUGGUAAUGUGUGGAGGCUAGGGGUUAGGGUACAGAUAUGGUAAUGUGUGGAGGCUAGGGGUUAGAGUACAGAUAUGGUAAUGUGUGGAGGCUAGGGGUUAGAGUACAGAUAUGGUAAUGUGUGGAGGCUAGGGGUUAGAGUACAUAUAUGGUAAUGAGUGGAGGCUAGGGGUUAGGGUACAGAAAUGGUAAUGUAUGUAGGGGUUACGGUACAGAUAUGGUAAUGUGUGGAGGCUAGAGGUUAGGGUACAGAAAUGGUAAUGUGUGGAGGCUAGGGGUUAGGGUACAGAUAUGGUAAUGUGUGGAGGCUAGGGGUUAGAGUACAGAUUGGUAAUGUGUGGAGGCUAGGGGUUAGGGUACAGAUAUGGUAAUGUGUGGAGGCUAGGGGUUAGGGUACAGAUAUGGUAAUGUGUGUAGGGGCUACAGUACAGAUAUGGUAAUGUGAUGGAGGCUAGGGGUUAGGGUACAGAUUGGUAAUGUGUGGAGGCUAGGGGUUAGGGUACAGAUAUGGUAAUGUGUGGAGGCUAGGGGUUAGGGUACAGAUAUGGUAAUGUGUGUAGGGGCUACAGUACAGAUAUGGUAAUGAGUGGAGGCUAGGGGUUAGGGUAAUGUGUGGAGGCUAGGGGUUAGGGUACAGAUAUAGUAAUGUGUGGAGGCUAGGGGUUAGGGUACAGACAUGGUAAUGAGUGGAGGCUAGGGGUUAGGGUAAUGUGUGGAGGCUAGGGGUUAGAGUACAGAUAUGGUAAUGUGUGGAGGCUAGGGGUUAGAGUACACAUAUGGUAAUAUGUGGAGGCUAGGGGUUAGAGUACAGAUAUAGCAAGUCCCAGAGAUGAUGGGGUAUUGUUAUGUUUAGUUCUCGUGAAUUGUGCCCUAGAAAGAAACACUUACAGUAACCAAGGACAACCAAGGAACAACGGUGUGCCACACCACUGCCCUCCCCAGGGCAUUGUAUAACCAUGGAUUCUUCUGUCAAGCACUGUACACAAUAAUAUCGCUGCAAAUAGUCAUGUAGUUCUAUUAUACACAUAUAUGGGUAAAUGCUAACCUAUGAUGCAAAUAAUAUUCCUUAUAUUGUAUAUUUUUGGGAAAUAUAUUCCAACAUUAAAAACAAGACAAGGAUGAGGUCAUGUCUUUGCCACAACUUCAACGUAAUGCUCACAUAUCUUUUUUACCUGUAUGACUUUAUGUACAAACACAAAUCAGAGAGGUGUUUAAGGCCCUAUGUACUUAAACCAAAGACAAAGCACUCCUGUAUUAAGAAUUCAUCUUUCAUAUUUUUAAGCUUCAUGUGUUUGUAUUGAUACGAAUUUUGCAUCGUUUUUGUAAGACAUGAAGACUACUUUGUAUAAAAGUGGUAAUAUAUUAUGGUCUGUUUUCUUAUUGAUCUUUAUAUGUAGUAAUAUAUUCUCACAUGCAGCUAGGAAAGUGAAAGUAAAAACGAAACAUUGAGGAAAAUAAUCUUGUUAUAUGCUAUUUUUUUAAAGAAAGCUUUGUAUGCACAAAUGAAUAUAAUAAAACGAAAGUUGUGGUACCAAAUCUGA